UUGUGAUAAUAUGUUACAAUUGAGGACUACAAAAUUGUUUUGAUAUGAAUUAUGCAAUUAUACUGCGAUUAAGUGCGUGAUUUCGAUCGCAUUGUUUAUCAAAUAAUGUCAAACGAAACAGAUCUGUUUAUAUCGGUUCCUCGGUCGUGUUUAAACGAUUUUUACAGCAAAUAUCUCAAUUUAGUCGAAACUUUUUACUAUGUUACGCUCUCUGAAAACAAAUCAGGAAAUACGAAUGUGAAACCGGAUUUUGUGAGUUUUAAAGUGAUAUUUAAUUUAAACCCCGUGGAUAGUAACUUCAAGCCACGAGAACUGGUGGACAGGAUACAGAAAUAUGUGGAGUCAUCACUGGGAUGGGCAGGGGAACGCGGAGAGGACUCGAGCUACGAUUCCGAGUGCGAUGACGAUGGAGGUCACCGAACAGCCUCACGCACACCCUCCGACACUCUCGCGGAAGAGUUCGCGGAGUACGUCACGCUUGCACCGCCACCACCUAAUCAGGCUAAAAUCGAAUUUGCGGUGAAGCUGGGUUAUUCCGAACGCCUCGCGCGGACGGCGUUACAACGGCUGGGACCGGAUCCUCCGCGUAAUGAGUUACUGGCGGAACUCAUUAAACUCGCUGCGAAGAGGCCGCCUCGCGCGCCUUCACCACCGCCCGCCGUCGAGCCCGAUCCGCCGCUCGAGCGCGCAUCUUUACGACACAUUGUAAUCGACGGAAGCAACGUUGCUAUGAGCCAUGGCAACAAGGAGGUGUUCUCGUGUCGAGGUAUCGAGAUAUGCGUCGACUGGUUUCGGGCUCGAGGUCACAAAGACAUCACAGUGUUUGUGCCGAAGUGGCGGAAGGAAGCGUCGCGGCCUGACAACCCCGUGGCGGACCGUGACGCUCUCGACCGGCUCGAACGUAACCGUGUCCUCGUCUACACGCCCAGCCGUCUCCUCGGCGGUAAACGCCUAAUCUGCUAUGACGACAGAUACAUCCUAAAACUUGCGGCUGAAACGGACGGAAUCGUUGUCUCAAACGAUAACUAUAGGGACCUCGCGGCCGAAAGUCCCGAAUUCCGAAAAGUGGUCGAAGAGAGGCUUUUAAUGUUCUCCUUUGUCAAUGAUAGAUUUAUGCCUCCCGACGAUCCUCUAGGCCGAUCUGGUCCGACGCUGGACGCUUUCCUAAGGGCUCCACCAUCCCGAACUGACCCGCCUCCCGCGUGUCCCUACGGACGAAAGUGCACCUACGGAAAUAAAUGUAAAUUCCAUCACCCGGAACGUGCAGGAAGACCUCACAAAUCUGUAGCCGAAAAAUUAUCCGAGCGCGCCGCUCGUAAAGCGCGUGAUUUGCACACGUUAAGUCUUCCACCCAGUGGUCGUCCCUCAGAUAGUAAGAGGCCCUUAGCUCGAGCUCAUUCCGCAACACCGAGACUUGCCGAUGCGUCGUUAGUGUCGCACUUCGAUAGAGCGCAAGUACCGGGCCCCUCACAACCUCCAGACCUGAAUCCUCAUCGAAAACUCGCACGACAGCUAACUUUAAACCCAGUGUGUGAUCCUAGACUACAUGCAGCGGCCACACGUGUGUCUUCAGCUCCGGUAGGUGCGGCCGCAGCAUUAGGUCCGCCAUUGACAGGUGUAUCUUUAUCCCCUUGUGCUUCAGAAGGCGCCCUACAGCAUUGGGAGGCAAGGCGACGAAUGCACUUCCAUUUAGCGGGGAUAUUCCCCGAAGCACAAGUUGCGGAAGCAAUGUCGACCUAUCCAGAAGAAACCGACCCGCAAAAAAUGUGUGCAAUUAUUUUAGACCGAUACAGACCCAGCGAGGCUACGUUACCUCGUCCGACGCAUUGACACUCUUUACACGACAUUUCAAGCUCAAGUUUGAGCGAUGUUGCUUGUAAAUAAAUGAAUUUCUAACCUUUAAAAGAAGGACCAGGACUUAUUCUCGAUUUUUUUUUUGAAAUUGAGUUUAUAAAUCCUUAAAGAAAAGCGGGCAAACGGUGAUAGUAAUCGUUAUUAUUGCCAGCUUUUUAUUUCAAGUAUAAUUGUUAUGAAAUUAACUGACAUUAAAAAGAGAUAAAAAUAGCAAUCCUAUAAUUCAAGACUAGUAAAAGUGUAAGUUUAAUAAAAAUAAACCCUUUAGACUUCCAAAUAUGAAGUUUUACCCUACGGACGACGACAUUUUAUAUGCAUAUUUUACAAUAAGUUAAAACUUACGACGUAAGGAGAAAAUGCGCAAGUUACACUAUAAGCUAUGCUUUGUUUUAUUAAAGGAAAAAUAACAUAUUAAGGCAUUUAACUUUGUACAUUCUCGUUUGCUUGGACAAACGCUUCUGCGAAGCGCAAGUCCCUAUUUAAUUAUUGUUUAAGUUAGAUUUAAGCAUGUACAAAUGAACGUUUUAAACUAUGUACUGAAGUUAUACCAUUCGUAACAUUUAACUGACUAUUAACUAUUCAAUUUAUUUCUUUAAUUAUAUAUUUAAGAAGUCAAACUUUCGUUAACAUGUAAAAAAAAAAUCGUAAACUGAUGAUCUAAAUCUAAAAUACAAAAAUUUUAUGUUCUAAAUUAGAGCUAAGCAAUGAAAAAGCAUUCGGUCCUUAUAAUAGACCGAAUGCGAUAUGGCACUAAUAAUAAUAAAAAUAUUAUAGUGUAAAAAUAUAGGUAGUUGCUUUUGUGUAUUGCAAUAACGUUUAUUUUGUGAUGGUAAAAAUGUAUUUGGUACUGUGUACCAAGUAAGAAGUUAAAUAUCUGAUAGUUUAUUAAUGAUAUAGCUUUUUUAUUUAGAGUUUAAGUAAACGAUAUUGUUAUAUUUUAAAUUGAAUACAGAAGAUGGAACAACGAAUUUUUUUCCAUAUCUCUGUUAUUGGCGACCAUUUUGAAAUGAAGUCUAUCGUACUAACAGAAUGAGAUGUUGAUUUCAUUUGGUGUGAGCUUCAUUGUUAGUACAUUGAAGGUGCUUAUAAGGCCAAACGUGAAACAAUAUGUAUUAUUAUAUAUUAUUAUAGUCAUAUUUACACUAUAUGUUGUUUGAUUUUUAUUAAAUUGAACUGUUAAAAAACCUUAAAUGCAAUGCAUCAAAUGUAAGAUAAAUUUUAUCUACUUGCCUGUUAUACUUCAUAUAACAUGAUUUUUACAUUUAUAUGAAGUAUAGCAAUGUAUCUUAUUGUUAGUUAUUAUUUUAUAAUCAAAUUUUGCCAGUUAAUAUAUAAAGUAUUAUCUAUCUGACAAAGUUUGAUUAUUCAUACUUGUAAUUGAUAUUAUGGUUAAAUUAGGUUAGCAAAUAAACAAUACUAACAAACAACUGACAAUUAUUAUCCAGUACUGCUAAAACCUUCCAUUUACGGCAUGUUAAAUUUUUUGUCUAUAAUGCAAUAUAUUUAAGAAUAAAGUAUCUGAUUAGACAA